CUUACCAAGACAGACUGAUAGAGGAAUCAGAGCUCUGACUCUCUGUCUCUGAGCGCGGCUCCCACCAGGCCACUACCAACCCCUCGCGGUGGCGUCGGCGGCGGAGGCCGGAUCGUCGGGGGCGGCGGAGGAGGAGAUGGCGUCCGUGGCUGCGGCGGAGGGCGCGGCGGCGGCGCUCCGCUCGGUGCUGUCGCGGGCGCAGCAGGCGGCGGCGCGGGCGGGGCGCGCGCCGGGGUCCGUGCGCGUGGUGGCGGUCAGCAAGACCAAGCCGGUGCCCGUCAUCCGCGGCGUCUACGACGCUGGCCACCGCUGCUUCGGCGAGAACUACGUCCAGGAGCUCAUCGACAAGGCGCCUCAGCUUCCUGAGGAUAUCGAGUGGCACUUCAUUGGGAACUUGCAAAGCAACAAAGCCAGAGCCCUACUUGCUGGCGUGCCAAAUCUUGAUAUGGUUGAGAGUGUAGAUGACCAGAAGAUUGCUAGCCGUCUUGAUCGUGUGGUAGCUGACUUGGGGAGAAAACCCCUUAAGAUUUUGGUCCAAGUCAACACUAGUGGAGAGGAAUCAAAAUUCGGGGUAGAUCCGUCAGGAUGUGUGGAAUUGGCUAAGCAUGUCAAAUUGAACUGCCCGAACCUUGUGUUUUCUGGCUUGAUGACAAUCGGGAUGCUUGAUUACUCCUCAACUCCAGAGAAUUUCAAGACACUGGCUAAUUGCCGGAAAGAGGUUUGCAAGGAGCUUGGCAUACCCGAAGAGCAAUGCGAGUUGUCGAUGGGCAUGUCUGCUGAUUUUGAGCAAGCGAUUGAAAUGGGCAGCACAAAUGUAAGGGUAGGAUCAACCAUAUUCGGUGCUAGAGAGUACCCAAAGAAGAACUAGGAUGAUUGUACACUCAGGUUUUGUUGUGACUGCCGCAUGCACAGAACAUUGAGGAGUAUCCUUCAGCAGUUGCAAUAUUUGAUAAUAUAUGUGUGUGUGGUAUGUCCCCAUUUUGGCCGUCAGAAAACAUUUUGACACUUCAUAUACCAUGUGCUACAAAUAAAGGCAUUGGUUUGCCAUUGGGCGCCUUUUUAUUCAACCAAUAAAGAUUGCACAUGAGUUGUUAA